CCGACGCCAGCCAGAGCUUUGCACAUGGCAGAUGUUCACCAGAUGCACGCUGCACGUUCUCUUUUCUUUUGCCCGCAUUUCUGACUGUUUUUGCUGUCCGAGUGCUUCGUCACUCUUCUCUCGAAUUGCAAAGUUAAUAGACGCGUUCUGUUUUUUCUUCAAUUUUUAUUUUAGUGUCAUUUUAUGAUAAAUUUUUGGAGCAUUUUCUAAAAUAAAUUAUUGUGCAGGAAUGAAGUGGUUGUGAACUAAAAGCUUCGUCGUGGCCAUACCAGUGGGAGCCUGCAAAGAAUUGUCGAAAAGCCUGAGGUCAAAAUACAUUCGCGAACGAAGACUCAUGAUAACAAUGCCGUCAGGCUCUGCAGCAUAUUCUGGCAAUUGGCCAUUGUUCAAAGCAAUGGGUUUUCUGGCGCCUACUAUUCAAACCAGAAGAACAAGUGGCAAUGUUUUGAAAAAAACGACAUCAACGCCGAAGCCUUCACCAGCAUGGAGUUUCAAUAUCCAAGAACUAGAAGAAGGCUUCACUGAAUCUGAAGUAUUUAGCCAGUGUGAGAACACCCAGUCUGGAAUGGACCUGGACGAAACUUUGAAACCAACUUCCCAAUUGAGCUUUGAGGAGGUGGAGACCCAUGGGGAGACGGACGUUUCAUCAGGCUCAUCAGCUUCAGGUUUAAGAGUUAUAUAUCCCGUCCCAAGCACCAGUAGGCAGCAAGAAUCGGAAAUUCCAAUGGGAAGAAAACAACAACAAUUAGAAGCACCAUUCGAGAAUCCCAUCCCGAGCACCAGUAGACAUCCAGAGCCGGAAAUCUCUAUGAGAAGAAGACGACAAGAGUCAGAAGCACCGUCCGAGACACCAUCAAUAAAAAAGCGAAAGGUUACACAGGUAGCCUCAGUGAUUGAGAAUAUGGUGAAGAGUUGCUCUGAUGUAGGGCAAACUUUAAAUCAAUUUAUGAGGCAAUCCACCGAAGAAAGUGUGUAGACAAUUAAGGAUGAGGAUCGUUAUUUUUGCAUGUCUCUAGCAGAACAUUUGUCAAAAAUCACAAACAGCAAUAAACUUGUAAUCAAAUCAAAAAUGUUGUUGCUGCUAGCAGAGGAAAUGAAAGACAUGAAUAAUUAGAUAAUGUAUCUUAUAAUUUAAUAAAUCCUAUUGUUCUUAAAAAUUA